CCUCUGCCUCCUUGUCAUGACUCUACAGAAUCUAUGCAGGUGUACAAACAGCACUGCAAAAUAGCAGAAGAGUACCAUGAGGUGAAGAAAGAAAUUGCUUUACUGGAAGAAAGAAAAAAGGAGCUGAUUGCCAGGCUGGAACAAGUGGAAAAAGAAAGCAUGGAUGCUGCUCAGCUGGCGAAGGAGUACGCGGAACUGACGGAGGAGAACCGAACGCUGAAGCUGGCCCAGACGCAGUGCGUAGAGCAGCUGGAAAAGCUCAGAAUACAGUACCAAAAGAGACAGGGAUCCUCGUAACUCACAACUGGCGUAUGUGAGGCAGUUAAUACAGGAUUGGCCCUGUGCUGGAAGGAGAUUUUAAAAUAAAGGUCUGUUUAAUAUGUUAUAAUACUUCACUACAGAUACAGAGUAUGUAGAAGUCUAUAUUUGAUUUAAUGCUUGCCAGCCAGUAGCUUAAUAUAAUGGAUAUUUCAUCCAUUAUAUAAUGGAUAUUUUAUUUCAAGUAACAUAAUUGAAGUUAAUCUAUCCCCAUUAUAUGUUCUGGUAGAUCAGGUUUCUUUUCUAAACAUAUUUCUUCCAAUUUAAGAAGAUAUGGACACACUAGAAAAUGAUAUAAAUAGUCUCUGUGUUGGGAAUUUGGACCAUACUAAGGCAUACAGCAGGGACAAUGUUAAUAUAUGGAAUACAUGUAUGUUAAUUUUAGUUUGGUGAAGAUUUUUUUAAUUAUUUUCCUCAUGCCUAAAGUGUUUGGAAGUUAUCUUAAAAUGGAUCUCCUUGUGGGUAAAAACUAUACUUUAUUAUCCCUUGUCAGCUUUACAAUGUUGUAUAAAAUCUGAGAAAUUGCACAUUAAAAUUGAAGUAACCCAAUUACUAUUUAUGAAGUGAGUGUACUGCCAAUAAUCGUUUGCAAGUUAUGAAAUUGAAAGGAAGCAGAUGAGAUCAGGCUUUCCUUCCUCAGGCAUAAAAUAGCCUGAGAGUCUUUUUAUUGUGCUUUUUGCCAUGAGAGAAAUGAAAAAUUAGUGUAUGACUGCUACCGUCAUAGCAUUAACUAAGAAUAUGUCACUAAAAGUACCAUGAGGGUAUUUUGUUCUUACUUCCUGGUUAUAUUUUGAAACAUAAGUGGCUGUAAGUAGGGACAGGAGUUUGGUGAUAUACAAAUAACCUGGAAUUAAAAUGUUUGUUUUACUUGCUCUAUUUAUCCCCGUAUUUCCCUAAAUCAAUUGAAAUUCUUUGUUAUACUUCCAUUUCUAUUCAUACAGUAUUUUUUUCAUUAAAAGCAUACAUAGAAAAGCCAUUUUA